AUGUCGGAGCUCAGCAUUGUUAUCGUAAUUGGCGAGACUCCCGAAAAUCAAGAUUUACAAGACCUCAUCUCCCACAUCAAAGAUGGCAUGGCAAGUAUGGUGAAGUUCGACUCACUCAACGUCAACAAGCUUCUGACUUCCGUUGUAGGGCCUGAACAGCUACCUGAUCAUGGCAUUAAAUUUUCGUCUUCCGAGGUUAAUAUUGUAGUACUUCCAGAUGCUACAAUUGAGCGCGUUUUAAAUGAAGUGGAAAAUGCAUUCAAUUCCGUACCAAAAGAAGUUCUUCUUGUCUACUCAGGUCUUAUUUGCCAAUCGAGUGCAAAUUGGAUUCUUUCAGAUGGUGUGUUCAAACCUGAUUAUGUCACUGAUAGAAUCUAUGCUGCUUCUCUUAAGUUGCAACAAACUCUGGCAGACACAACCUUGGAACGUAUGCCUCCAAUGAGUUUUCACGUAGCUUGUACUAGUGUUCCCCAUGGAGGUGAUUGGCGUCGAGUCCUUUCUACUUGUCUUCCUUCAAGUAUUGCCGGACACCCUCUGUGCUCCACAGUAAAUCGAUUUCACGCUCCGAUUAAGAAGCCUGCCUCUGGCGUCACUUCUUCAACAAAACCCGAACUCGCCCCUUUACCUGCGGAUAUUUCUGGUGUCCACAGCUUCUGCCAGCACCUCGAAUCUGUGUUUGAGUUGCCAAAGUCACCACAGCCUACCUGCCAACCAGUUUCAAAAUCUAAUGACUGCUCUAUUCACAUUCGACGUCCUUGUCUCUACAUUUUUCCCGAGGGAUCUGGUCAGUCGUCCAUUUUCGCUCUGCCUGGUUUUACUUUGAUGGUUAAUGCUGGUGCUACUAGGGAUCCAAAAUGCUGGAAAUUGGCCCAACAUUUCGAAAAUAUCGAUGCCAUUCUACAAACCCAUUGGGGAGUCGAGAACUGCCUUAGUCUGACCUCUCUUCUACCAGCUCUCAUCUCCUCUAAAGGCAAUUCAUCAACUCAACCAAAUGCGACAUUGGUUCUAACGGCACCGCCAGCUCGCGCCAUCACUCACCCGCUGUCAGCGGAAAUAUCCCCUCCUUCAGACCCUCUCGUGAUGAAUGUUGCCAUUGUCGCGAACGAAUUGGCUUCAACUGUGAAGUCUUUUGUUGCUGACGGCAAACUCGUUGCUCAAGAGGUGACACGAGGUGGAAAGAUAACGGCUAUGCCUAAGCCCAUCUGUCUUUACUACAAAGUAGGAUGUGGGAGCCUCGAUUUCUACCCUCUAACUCCUACUGAUGAGGAUCAGAUGGAGAUAAAGAAGCUGACAGCUCUUUGGGCCAAAGCUGCUCCCAAUGUGGCUUCAGCUCUUGCAGAAGCACCAAGAGGAACCUCAGCCAUCAAACACGCUGCUCUGCCUCUUAUUUCACAACUGAGUGUAUCUGGUCUUCUAAUUUGGAAGUCUCAUCGGAAAGGGGAUCGCCACGUACGAAUUCUCUUUGUGGCUCCAAACGCUCAUCAACUCCGAGUUCUGACGGCUCUCGAGGCUCUUCACUAUGGUUUUCCAUGCAUCCGUAGUGCAGAUCCAGAAGCUGUAUUUCCGAAUGCGGCACCAGCAGGAAAUGUUUUUGGAGGCGUUCGAAAACCAAAUUCUGCAGUACCUAGUGCUAGAACUAUUUCAAGACCGACAGCUUCAGCAAAAUCUACCACCUCCACAACAAGAGUUCCUUUGUCAACCUCGAAAUCAAUGCCAAUGAGAAAUGCUUCAUCUGCAGCUCAUGUUAAUACCAGGCUGACAAAACCAGCGCCUAAAACGAAGGUACCAAUGAAGUCGAUGGAGCAGGAGGCUAAGGCCCUGAAGCGCGAGUUGCCAAAAGAGGCACCAAAUGCUGAGAAGAGAAAUGACAAAGUUGUAGAGCCCUCUCCCGUUCCAUCAGGGGAAAUUGCACAAGUACCCACUGAUGAACUCCUCCUCGAGAGUCAUCUUGUCCCUUCGGAGCCGGAGUUUUCUGAAGGCUUGAAUGGAGGCGAUAAUGUCCACCAAACCCACGACUUCUAUGCGACUUCUCGUUCGAAUGUAGAAGAACCCAUUGUUGACGGCGACCAACACAUUCCCGCCGAACACUCAGAAGUGCUUGAAUUCCCAUCGGCGACUUCAGGAGACUGCCUUAAUCCUCUGGAGGAUUGGGGACAACCUCAGGGCAUGCCUCCUCCUUAUGCUUUUGUUACUCUUUCCAGUGAUCAUGCUAGUUCUUUCGAUCCAUUCAUCCUGUUGUUCUAUGAAAAGGAUUGGGAUCAUGUUGACGAUAUAGGCCUUCAACUCGCGAAGGGCGCAAAGUCAACUUCGUUUUCAAAAACUCCACCUGCGGCUCAUUCUCCGCCUGAGGGUUAUUAUGAAGCCUCUGCGGGCGCCAUAAAGGGUCUAUUUGAUAAGAUGACAAAGCGCACAUUCGUGGACGUCGCUUUUCUACCAGGUGGUGGGGACACACACCUUGUAGAUGCAGAGUUCUUCAAACGUGUCUUAGCUCGAUACUACAUUGCCACAACUGCUGCGCCUACGGCAGAUCUGCUCAAAGCUAUGCUUGUUGGUAAAAAGACCUCCAGUGCGGAUAGCACUGAGGGUGUAAACCGCGAGGUCUCCCUCAUUUUGGCACGCGAUUCUCCUUGUCUUUUGGAGUGGGCGGCAUUGAAUGAAAAACGUCUGGUAGACGCUAAAAUUGACAUCUUGACCGUAGCAGAACGUUCAACUAUUCAAGUGAUGACUGCUGAGGGUGCUGAAAAUGGGGAUAUCUCGUGUCCUGGAUUCCGCCUAGAUUUCUAA